AUGUUGCCUAGAUCUGUCAUCAGAUGUUUUAUUGGGUUUUCGUUUAUUAUUAUUUUCGAUUUCACUGUUAUUUUAGCCAAUAAGCUACCUCUCAACAGUGACGACAUCAAACCCCAAAAGUACAACAAUAGAUGGGAGUUUGAAAAUGGCGCGGAGAAAAUUGAACGACGAGAAGAAGGACAACCAGUGCCGACAGUAACGAUACCAAAAGAAGGUCCGUUUCAUUGGAAGUGGACGUGGAAUUCGAAAGUGAAUACAACAAGUACAUCUGAAGCCACUACUGGGACUACAACGACUACAAAAGCUACAACGACUACAAGUUCUCCAACAACAAGUAAACCACGUGUAUACGCAUUAAGGCCAGCAGCCAGAAAAUCGUUAAGGAAUGCUCUUCGUGGCACCACCCCGGAGAAACGAAAAAAGCAACUGGCUCAAAUGGGAAAGAAGAUGAAGAUCAACAAAAUCUCCAAGUCGCAGUCCAACAAACUUCACAAAACCUAUCGAAAAGUUAAGAUUUCGGAAAAUCCACCAGCGCUGGAUAUGUUUGAAGUCAAUGAGCAAGCUGGACUGAAUGCAUAUCUCUUUCAAGGAGAUAUAAAUUUGGAUGACAAACAAAUCGCCGAGUUCACUGCAAGUGCAAAAUCAUCUUCUCGCCGUAAACGCCAAAUUCAAAAUUCCGCUCUUUUUUGGCCCGACAAAAUUGUCUACUAUUACUUUGACCCUGGACUCGGCACCAAUAUGCAACAAAUUGUGACCGAAGCGAUGGAAUAUUUGCAGCAGAACACAUGCGUGAAGUUUGUAAUGAAUGAUACGGCAACGAACCGGGUUAAGAUCAUCAAUGGCGUGGGUUGCUACUCAAACGUCGGAAUGCUAGGUGGAGAACAAACACUGUCACUUGGUUCUGGAUGUGAAUUGGUUGGCACUGCUGCCCACGAGCUUUCACAUACCCUUGGCGUGUUUCAUACCCAAAUGCGAUCUGACCGAGAUGACUAUGUGACAAUUGACUUGACAGAUGUGUCAGUGUCAUCAGAGCCAAAUUUCUACAAAAUGACAGCUGAAGAAUCGACGAAUCUCGUGGAUUAUGAAUAUGGAAGUUUUAUGCAUUACUCUGGAAGAGCAUUCUCGACUGGUGUUGACUCGAUAGUUCCCAAGGAUCCAUUGAUGGUUUACACUAUGGGAGGACGAGUAGUAUCGUUCUUGGACAUCAAGAUGUUGAAUGAGCAUUACACAUGUUCUUGUCCAUCCUCUUUAAACUGUGCCAAUGGAGGCUAUACUAAUCCAUCCAAUUGCACUGUAUGCAUUUGUCCUUGGGGAUUUGGAGGUACAUUAUGCGACGAACGAGCAGACACUGGAUGUGGUUCAGAGCUCACAGCCACAGACACUUGGCAGCAAUCGAAUUAUUCUUUUGGGGAUCCUACAAACUCGCAGACAGCUCGACCACGUUUCAUGUACUGUACACAUUGGAUCAAAGCACCAGUUGGAAAGCAGAUUCAGUUUCGUAUCGAUGCAGCACAAUACCAUCAGUGCCAGUACGCCUGCCCGUUCGGAGGACUGGAACCUAAACUGAAAUCCGACGUGACUGUGACUCAAGCGAGAUAUUGCUGCAACGAGUUUUUUGGAGAAGUUAUGACUGCUGAGACGAAUCCAUUGCCAGUUUUUGCAUUCAGCAGAUACUACAUCAGCGUUUGGUCAUGGUCCUAUCGAUACGUGGAUGCAAUACCAACUUCUUGUGUCGACCUGUCAGACGCGGUGACUUGUUUGGCACUGAAAUCAUCUUACGAUCAAGGAUGUAGUCUUUACGAUACCGCCCAACUAAAGGUGAUGUGUGCAGUGACGAUGGAUUUGUGUGGGAAAGCAGUGUCGGGAAGUGGAACUUGCCAAGAUCGGUUUCCGAAAAGCCAAUGCUCCACUUACUCUUCCAACGGAUUGUGCACUUCGCAACUUCCACUCAUCGCCGAGUUUUCAUGUGCAUCUACUUGUGGUUUCUGUGUUAAUCCUGUCUGA